UUGUGCCACUAGAGAACAGCUGAAUUUACUGAUGUUGAAAACUAGCACCUAAAUUCGUUGAAUCAAGUGUCCAGUAGAGGUCGGUGUUUAAAAGCUCUUUGGAAGCCUGCAUUUUGCAACACGCUGUCGAACAGCACGUGAUUAAAAUAAGUGGUUGACGUCAUUAAUCACGUGCUAUUGUCACUAGAAACGACCAUCCGCACUCUCUUGUCUACUCGCUAGUGCUUUAAAAACAGGACAGGACGUCGGGGCUCCGGUUUUAUUCUUCCCAUCACUACUGAUCAGUCUGUCCAUGCGGAGCCUGGCGCUACUUCUGAUUCCAUGUGUUGUCGCGGUAGUUUUGCAUUUGUGGUUCGGGACUAACAGAUCGAGCAGCUCCUCUGAGAACAAUUCUGGUGAUCAGUCUGGCCUUGGUAAGGUGAUGGUCGGGGUGGUGUCUGCUAGACAGCAUUAUGACCAGAGACAGGCCAUAAGACAGACCUGGGGAAGAAACGUCCAGGACCAGCCACUCCACCCACACAGGAUGCAGGUGAAGUUCAUCAUAGGGAAACAUGGCUGUUCAAUUCCAGUGGAGGACAGAGAAGACCCCUACUCAUGUUCCCUCCUGAACCUUACUGGACCAGUUCCAGGCGAGGAGGAAGGUGACGUAGAGGCUGUGAGGUUGUCUGACCCGUCAGUGCUGACUCCUGGGGAGGUCUCCUCCAUGGCGCUGGACUUCAAAGUCCUUCACCCCGUGGUCAUCACCAGGCUUGGGGCGUUCCCUAGCGGAGCUCACUUGGGCAUCAAGGGCAACGUCACAGUCAGGCUUCUACAGCUGGAACAGCAGGAGGCGGUGGUCACGGCCCUCUUCAGCUCUGUCAGUCCUGGGACCCGUGUUAAUGGUAUCUGGUACAAACCGGUGGAGCAGUUCAUUCUGCCUAAGGGUUUUGAGGGAUCUCUGGUCUGGGAAAGUAGGGACUCUGCUGGUCUGACCACCAUCAGCUCCUCUAUUGUCCAGCUCAACACUGGGGGAGGAGUACUCAAGUUUUUCUCUAUCAGUGAAGGGACAUUGCCCCACAGGAGUGCUCUGGGAUUCCCUGGAGUGGCCGGAGGAUUCAUGUUCAGAAUCUAUGACAUGGACGUCCUGUCGGAGGUGUUGCGUGGCCGGGUGGGAAGGUUCCAGGCCCAUGGCUUCCAGCUGCAGGGGGAGGAUCGUGCCCUGGAGCAGGAGAGUCUGCAGUAUGGAGACAUGGUGUUUGUGGAUGUAGUGGACACCUACAGGAACGUCCCUUCCAAGCUGCUACAGUUCUAUAAGUGGUCACUAGGAAAUGCUGUGUUUGACCUGUUGCUGAAGACCGAUGAUGACUGUUAUAUUGACGUUGACCAGGUGUUAAUGAAGAUUGACCAGAAAGGCCUGAAGAGACAAAACUUCUGGUGGGGAAAUUUCCGUCAGAGCUGGGCGGUGGAUCGUGUUGGGAAAUGGCAGGAGCUGGAGUACACCAGUCCAGCCUACCCUGCAUUCGCCUGUGGUUCGGGGUACGUAGCGUCCAGGGACCUCGUACGCUGGCUGGCCAGCAAUGCAGAGAACCUGAAGGCUUACCAGGGGGAAGAUGUGAGCAUGGGGAUAUGGAUGGCUGCGGUUGGACCACAGAAAUACCAGGACUCUGGGUGGCUGUGUGAAAAGGAGUGUUACCAGGACAUGCUGUCAUCUCCCCAGCUCUCCCCUCAGGAGCUGCGGUCCCUUUGGGACAGUAAGAGGGCCUGUGGAGACCCCUGUGGGUGUCCCUCUGGACCCAGCUAGUCAACAGUCCACCUGGGACCUCCUCAUCUCUGUUGGAUUCACAGGGGAGACUCUGGAGUCUGUCGUAGUAACAUAUUCACUGCUAACAAGAGAUUCAUUGAACUCUGGGUCUGUAGGUAUUAACAGUUCCAGAUUAGGGCUGAUUUAGGAUCAGGGUUCCCUGGGCUUAUCAUCUUAACAUCAUAACACAGGAAUGAGGUGAAACAGACACUGGUUUCUGAAGAGGCACCGCUUGAUAUGGUCUAACUGCUUGAUACCAGGUUCCUAUGAUAAUAGGGUGGUCAGCCAUGUGUUAUUCUACUGUGUCAGCAGACCAAUCACAACACCUGAACACCUUAAAAGAAGGUUCACAGCCUGACAAUGGAAUUAUCAUGAUAUCUACAUAUGUAAAUAUAUUGACUCGACUUAACUUAUGCCUGAAUUUGACCUAGCUCUAACGGCUAUCCUUAUACCUGAAUGUAACCCCAAUUCUAACACUGCCCAACUGUACAUUUUCCCUAGAUGGGACCUACCAAAAAUGGAUGAGAAACAGGCAAGAGUGUGUGAGGUCAUUUAUCUUCCUGGUAGAUAAUUGUGCUCUGUUCUGAAGUAAUGUCUACCACACUGGUAGUUUGGAAGUUGAUAAUUUACUGGCAAUGUUGUCUCCGCUAACAUGUGAACAUUACAGUCACAUUUAAAUCCCUCGGUGCCCAGCUUCAGUGCCAUGCAUUGAAUCCAGUCCUACAUUUUAAGUAGAAGCAUCUGCGACAGCUUAGACACACAUGAACAAUGAUGUGAAACAACACCACAACUUCUUAAAUAGGUUUAUUUGAGAAAUUCAAGUUUGGCGCAUAGUUCCCAUUUGCAAUGUACAGCAUAAACUUAAACAUCAACGUUAAUGAACGAAGCAGCAGGCUGUUAUAUUAGACACUGCCUGACAGGGGACAUUGCUGUGUAAACAAUCUGUUGUGCUGCCCUUUAUCAAAGGAACAGUAACUGAACGCCUCCAUACAUCAAACAGAGGAUCAGGUUUUACGUCACACCACAGUGUUAUCACCAACACUGAUAACAAAAUACUCCUUCUUGGCACUCAGCCAGUAGCAUACUUCUACACCUUCCGAUACUGGCAGCAAGAAAAUAAUAUUUGCAGCAAUCAUCCACUAACCCAAUUUCUUGUUGGUGUUCACACAGAAAAACACAUUUGUAUUCCACAAAUAAGGCUUUUAAGUGUUUUGGAAUACAGUGUUAGUCGGACAAUGUGCUGUGAACAUCUAUCCUGUCUUGUCCUUACAGGUGUGGUUAGUUCAGCCCCUUCAUAUCCACUGCUACAGACCUAACAGAGGCAACUAUACACAUUUUACCCAGGGUAUCCAGAGGAGCUGCAGUAAUGUAAUGUGAAGGCUGUUGGGGUCAGCCAGGGGUCAAGUGUUGUUGGGGUCAGCCAGGGGUCAUGGUGCCAUGUGUUGGUCUGGGACAGGAAGUGGACUGAGUGGAAGGUGUGUUUGUAGCAGCCCAUAACACCAAGCUAUGGUUCUGGUACCUGUGGGUCAGUCCUGUUUAGGCCCAGCUUUGGGCUCUGGUUCUCUGUACAAGGUACUGAGGUGGUCCACCAACCCUUCCAGCUCCGGAUUCCCCCCCAGAUCGUUGAUGAGGCGGUACGCUUCGGCCUCCAGACCCCUGAGCGUCUCCCUAGUGUAGGCGAAGGAGCCCACCUUUUCCAGAUAGUCUACACAGUACUUCUUGAUGUCCACAUUCUCCGUCCUUUGCCUCAAGAUGUUCUGGACCUGGGUGCUCUCUGGACGAGACCAGAUGGCGUGGAUGGUUGGGAAGGAGAACUUCCCCUCUGUGAGGUCUUCACAGAAGCUUUUGUUCUCGCUGUACUCAGCUGAGUUCAAGUUGGCGUAAUCAUCUCUGAUCUGGAAGAAGAGUCCCAGUGUGUCCAGGAGGGGCUUGGGAAGUGAAAUGAAAUGUUAAAAAAAAAACACUCAAACUGAUGACCUUUUGGUUCAAGCUGAGCUGAAGAGCUUCUUAUCAAAACCCUCAAGUGAUCCACAGCACCAUUACAUGUUCUAAAAUCUCAACAUUUACUAUGAAAUAUCUUUGUAAAUAAACUAAGAUACAAAUACAAAUUUAUCACAAAUAAAAACCAACUUGCUUCA